CCAUAUAGUAAAGUUGAGCUUUUACAGUGCAUAAUGUGACAUUUGGAAUGCUUAUCAACUGCAUGUAAACAUUAAUAACCUGCACUUUUUUGUCUUAAGGUUUGUUGAGCUGUUUUGUUCACUGUACUUUUACUGUGAUAUGGAAAAGACUGCAUUCUCUGUGCUGUUACUAGUUAGGAAAGAGAAUUGCUUUGAUUUUGUCUCUUGUUUACUAUAGCUUCUUAAAGUUAAGCCUUGUACUACAGGUUGUUGGAGUACGCCUAGAUCAGUGUUUCAUAGUAGCCAGCAAUAAGUAGUGCAAGUCAACAAAAACACAGCAAACUUAGGCAAAGUGUCCUUUCUUUGAGAUGCGAGUUCUUUCAUGAGGUUUUCUUUAGGGUCAGAGUUACCUAAAGUGAAGCCUUUCUUACCUACAGACUUCAGAUUCUGCUUGGAAUCCUACCGGAUCAAUAAGCACAUAUAUUGUGCAAUUGUCUUUACACUAUAACAGUUAAACACAAUCUUACUAAGAUUUUGAAACCAGUGUCUGAUUUAUGGUCAGUGGGUUUAAAAAGAAAUCCACAUGCAAAUCUUUUAAGACUUAAGAGAUGAUCUUAGAAAAGACUAAGUGACUGUAAAGAUGCUCUUUUUUGCAUCUCACUUUACCUCCCCAAGCACCCUCCCAACCCUCCCUUCCCUCUACUUGUUUCAUCCUUUCCUCACCCUUCCUCCCAGGUGCUCGGUACUUUACCAAGGUUCUUAUCUCAGUGUUUUAUGUUGGAGUUUUUCCUUGUUUUUAUUUUACUAGUUGGUAAACCCUGUUUGUGCUGAAAUGAAAAAGGAGAUGGUAUAUUUGACCAUAUGUGUUACUCAUAGAAGACAGUAUGAUCAAAUGUGCCAAAAACAAGCAAACAAAACUUAAUUCCUGACAAGUAUGCCUUAUUUUUAACGAUCUGCUUUGUCUUACGAUUAAGGUCCAAGAGCUUGGUUAAACUAUAUUAUUUGCCUAAGUAUAAAAGAAAACUUGAAAUGCAUUGCAAUAUUGACAUUCUUUAAAAUGAGAGACACUGUCAAGUAAUUUAAUCCGAGAUCAGCCACCAGAUUUGAAAUGCCCAUAUAUGUGUGUGUGUUUGGUGUUGUUCGUUUUUUUUUUCUUUUAAAUCACCAAAUCUUUUUUUAAGCUACUUUUUAUUUGUGCCUCCUAUUUAUCAUGCUGAUGUUAGAAGCAGCAGUCAUCCAGCCACAGAGGGAGCUAAAGUUAACUAACCAGAACUGUAGAAAUCAUUAUACAUGCCUUUGACAACAAAGGAAGUUCAUAAGAAAAGCCAUGUCGGCUUUUCCUCUACUAGAUACAGAUUGAAGGUAGAUGAAUAUUUGCCAAAUGGAAAGGAGAGACAAUGUGAGUCAGGAAAGACAAACUUUCCCAGCUUCCUAAAAGCCAUGGAGAGUAGAAACCAAAACCAACAGGGAAAUAAAAACCUUGAAAGUCUCACUUUCUAGUCCCAUGCAGGGGUUGAAAUUUGACUCAAAGUGGAAAAUAUAUUGAUAGGUUUUUUAGGUCUUCACAUCUAGAGAUGGAUAACUAUUCCAAUUUGAUUUUUCAGGUAAUGGAGAAAGCUGCUAGUAAUUUUAACCCCUGCCUAAAGAAGACAUAAUUUCAUUUGGGAGCAAAUACUUAUUGCCUUGAAAAAUAGCACUGUAAUAGCCUAUGAUAAUUAGUUGUAGAAUAACCUUUAUCCCUUUUAAACUAUGCAAAUUAUUAAAUAAGUGUAAAUUAGGACUCAAUUAAAGAUAGUUGAUUAUAUUGCAAUCAGAUGGCAUUCACAAACUUAACUGGAGCAUAUACAAAUGAAAUCUAUUAGUCUAAGAGUUUUGUAUGCUAACAGAAAAAUAUAAUUUAGCUACCUAUUCUAAAAAUGGUGAAUAUUAUUAAUAUUGUAUAAUAGGACUGGGAAGACUGCCUCCUUUUUUGAAGAGAGAGAGAUUAAGGAUUUUUAUAAUUGUUUUUCAUCAAAUUUUAAUAUUUUUGUCAAAUUUUUAGGUAUUUAAUUUGUAAAACAGUUUGCUUUGUACUGGCAUACAGAAAAUAGGGUAUUGAUUUUAAACUUUUUGAAGCCAAGUGAUCAAGUACAUUUGUAAUAAAAGUCAAUGGAUCUAUAUCAGUUGUACUCACUGUUUUCAUUUCUUAUUCUUAUUAAUACAGGAAUGCUGUACUUUUUCUGCAGGAACACUGUACUAAAUUUGGGUGGAAGGGAGGGGAAGAGAUAAGUCCGUUGAUAAUGAGAAUCUGGGUGGGUAACCAUGGCCCAAGCACUUUAUAUAAUGUUUAAGUCGAUUCAGAUUUGGUAUAUUAAAAAAGAUGCAUAUGUCAAUUUUUUUCUUCCUGUUUUCGUAUGAAACUUGAUGUUUGUGGGGGUUAUCUCAUUCAUUGUUUCUGUGCUUUAACAUUUUGCAUUUGGCACUGUUGAAACUUUCUAAACAUAUUUUUCUUUUAUGACAAAUUUGGGUUAUAUGCCAGCCAUGGUGAACCCACCAUAGGCAUGAUUGUUAUUUCUGUCUCCCACACGUGGUUCACUCUCUUUUCUUCAAUAUUCCCACUCAUUUUUUCAUAUUUUACACACACACACACACACACACACACACACACACACACACAUCUAGAUGAUUUUAGAAUGGAGAUUUCUGAGAUUGUUGCUGUAGUUGUUUUCAUAGCUCCACAAUUCAUUUUAUUUUACAUGUGAACGUAUUUUUAAUAUUUUUCCCCCACUAAAAAAAUGAGAUACCAAAUCUAAUGACUUUUUUCCCUUUUCUGAGUUUUUCAAUAUCAGAAUGAGAUCCUGCUUUCUAUGUAAAAGGAUGCUAAAAAAGAAAAGGGAAUCUUCAAUUUAGGUUUGGAACAAUUGGUGAUAACUCUGAGUAUAACAUUUAUAGCUGAAUAUCCUUAAAUUUGAAUAUCUUAAUAAUUUGGAGUGAUAAAUACUUUUUCCUGAGAGUGGAAUGAAUAGGAAAAAGAAUUUAUUGGAAUUGCUUAGGUGAGCAAAUUCACUGAAGUUAUUUUUCAGUGAAGUAAAGUUUUCUGUAAAAGUUUAUCCAUUUCUAAAUCAAAUUAUAAUAUUUCUGGUUUUUUUUUUAAUUGCACGUUAACUGAAUUUAGACCAUUUGUAAUGGAUUACACUAUGAAACUAAAAUGAUCCCUGCUAUUAAAAUCACUCUUUUCACCCAGCUGCAUUAAUUACCAUAGAGAAUUUGCAAUAUAUUUUUAAGAAAACCUGAUUUUAAUAUUUGGGGAGUUAUUUGAUCCUAAAAACCUAAAUUUAAGGCCUAGGCCAUUUGACAGGCUCUUUUCAAACAGAAAUUUCAUUAUGGGUUAAGUGAAGAUCAUCUAAACUAGCAUUAACGUGUCAGGUAGAACUCCAUAAUGCAAAAACGACCAAGUGAAAAGUAAAAGAUAUGAUUGGUUUCAAGCCAACAAUUUGUCAUCUUACAGCUGCUAAACUGACUACCAAGUUUUGACGUUGAAUGGUCUAGGCAAUUUAUGUCUUUAGGAAAGCUGAGUAUGGCAAAGGUUGUUUGUUAGAAACAUUUUUCUUAAAAAAAAUACAGUUACUCAUGUAUUUUUAUUUUGUCCCCAUAUUAUGUUUGGUAUUUGUUUUCUUUUUCUUUUUUUUUCCCUGAUGUGCUUUGCUUUUGUGGAAAAUUGUCUUGUUUGAUAGGUAGAAACAUGGUGGUGAUCCUCUAUGUAAAAUAAAGUUAAUUCUUAAGGACCAGAAAUAUUUUACUCAUUUUGGAAUUGCAAGAUUUUUGAAUUUUCAUGAAAGCAUACUUUGUUUUGAUGACUAUUAGCAGUUUGCUUAUUAAUUAAAAUUUUAUAGCAUUUCAUGGGGAAAAUUAAGCUAAAAGUUUAAUUUUCUUGAUUUAGGAUGCACUUUAAUAAUUCAAGAGGCCUCCAAGUUCAAGGACCAAACCUUUAUAUUCUGGAAUUUUAUGAAUCAUGGAAGUACUCUUCUUAACAUGUGUUUUAGUCUAAACUGGAUUAAAACAGAAGGAUCCUCAGAGGACUUAAGGUGUCCUUAUUGUGAAGUAGCAAACUUAGGGGACAGGUGUCUUAGGUAUUCACCUUGACUAGCUCAACCAGUGAUGGACAUCAGCUAAUGAAUUAUUAGACACAUGUUGGGAUUGGGAUUCAGCUGGAGUGGAUUGGCAAUUUCCAGUGUAGGUAGUUGUUGAUGGCAUUUGACCUACCUCCCUACCAUAUACGUUUGGCUUUUUUUUUCCUCCCAUCCUCUUUUUUCCUUCGUUUUCUCUCCUUUGUUCUCCUUACCAUAGGCCUGCCAGUGACACUGAAACUUACCCCUUAAAGAGGGAAGUAAAGAAAUUGCUGGCUCCUGCCUUAGAACAUAGCUAACUGAUCCCAGAAAGAUUUCUGUAUAAUGAAGUAAUUGGGCAGUUUUUCUGAGUGCUAUUUCCCCCAUAGUCUUAAACUGGCAAUCUGAAGGGCAUUGAAAUUGUUAAGAAAUUCGUGUAUUGAAGAGAGUAAGAAGUAUGUGUAUUUUAGGUAAGUUACAGGGGGCUGAGAUUUACUGGUUUGGAAAUUUGAGAGCAGAAAGGGAAGAACCGUUCAAUGUGUUGAUGAAUGGGAGUGUGAGAGUUAUUUAUAUAAGGGAAUGGUUUGGAGGUAAAGUGGGAGAAAUUUUUACUGGGAGGUAGGAAAAGAUACUAAGGUGGAGUCUUAAAUGAGCGUUGUUUGCUAAGGACAAUGAAGUUGAUCUUCACUAAGGAAGUUUCAAUAAAGCCGGAGAAAAUGGGUCCCUUGUUGGUUAUGAGAAAGCUGUUGGUCUGUAGCUAGAUAUGAUGAUGAUGAUGCAUUAUACAAUCUGCUUUCAGGUGUAGGAUAUUUGCUUUUCCGGACAAAUUAAGUAGCACAAUUGUGGAAUGACAGCUUUUCUGGUCAAAGCAUGUUGGUACUGGGGACUUACUAUUUUGAGGGAAAGAAGAUAAGAAAAUUUCAAACUUUUCCACUUAUCAUUUUUAAACUAUCAGAAAUAUUUACUAUACAGGUUAUUUUCCUGGGCUCAUGUUUCAGUGUAGUUUAGCUUUACUUUUCAAAAUGGUCCUUAGAUCAAAUCAUUUGAUUUUACAGUUCACAAAGAUCCAUAUCAUACCUUGAUUUUACAGAACCUUGAGCCUUUGGUCCACAUUAAUUUCUUACAAGAGAAGGGUAAACCAGGUAAAAACAGUAAACUGCAAUUUUAGGUAUCUUUUUCAUUUCUUUUACAUUUGCAGUCCUGUCAUUUACGACUGUGGACCUUAGAGGCCCUCAAUAAUACUAUAUUUCUGAAAUUAGACAACAUACCUCCCAAAACUAAAAUUUCUGUUUGUAUUCCCACUUUCUCUGUUAUUUUAAAAUUGUAGAAUUCCCAAGUGUUCAGUGGUGGCAGAUAAUAAUAUAAUUUAGUAUAUCUUGGAAGUUCCUAUGUUCUUUGUAGGGUGAACUGAUAGUGUCUAGAUUUCUGUUCCCAGUAUCCCAGGAACAUUUUUAAUUAUUUAAGAUAAAGAAUUGCUAUAAUAUUUUGUUUUUUAAAUUACAUAAUUCAAGUGUAUUUGGACUCCUUUUUAGUUUAAUAUAGACUUAUCCUCUGAUUCUGACAGAUUAUUUCAUUUUACCCAAAUCUGUAUACAUUAGUGAUAAAAUUUCUUAGAUAGCUAAAAAAGAGGUUCUGAUUUUGUAUCUGGAGAGUAACUUUUUUUUUUUUUUUACAAAUGCCAAGUUCAUUAACAAAAUUAUUUUUAUUAUAAUUUAUUUUUUAGAGUUAACAGUAUGCUUUUCCCAUCCUACCGAUUUUAAAUUAUGAUACAGUUACAUUCUAUAACUUGUUUAAGUCUGUGCAGAGCCUUCUUAAAUAGCCCCUCCCUUAGGAAUUGUUUUUUUAAAAAGUGAAUUCCCAAACCUAGUCAAGAACCAGUGAUUUAAAUGACUGCCUUUGAAAGGAUUCCUUGAGUCUAGUCAAUGGAGAUAAAUGAUAGCCCAUUUCCAUGCUGCAUACAGUUGUUAGGGUUUAUAAAGUUGUCAAUAUGUAAAAGUGCAAAAGCAGGAAAGAUGUAAAGUUGCCUAUAAAAUUUCUAGUUUUCAUUAUUUGCACUAUUUAUCUUUGCACUUGAUUUUUUGGGAAAGUUAAGACUAGUCACUUUCACUUUUGUUUCUAGUCUUUUCUAAUUUCUUACAGAAUUGUUUUCAAUAUCCCACCCAAAGCAAAACUUAUAUGCAAUUAAAUAUGCUUUAUAAGUCCGAGAAAAUAUUUCUUAGUGUUAGCUAUGUAGAACAAAAAUUUGUUUUGAUAAAAAUUUUUAAUAUGGGCCUUUAUUUGCCAAUAUAAUCCUUUGUAAAUGUGAGCUUUAUUAAACUAUUUAAAUAGACAAAGUGAAAGCUUAGGAUAGAAAAAAAUAUAUAUAUAUGUAUAUGAAACGAUGUCUUUGAGAUCCAGCUUCCAGCCUGAGAUGGCCUGGUUUUGGAGUGUUGAUUUAUUUUCACUGAAGUCAAUGAGAUCUGAGUCUAGCUGGGUAUUGGCUUAAAAAGCUGGAAGUGAAGUGGGUGGCAAGUGGCAGCUCCCUCUUUCAUGUAGUUUUCCAUAAUGCUCAUAGAGUUUCAUCAUGGUCUAUAUGAUAUAACUGGGUAUUGAAAUAAUUACAUUAAAUGAAUAUUCCUUUUUGGAAUUCAAGGUUCACUCACUUUUUGAGGGGGGGAGGGUGGCAAGGGAUAAGAGACUUUAUUUUAACUAGAAGAAUUCUUAUAACCUCAAGAUGUACUCUAGGAAGAAUAGGAGAACAAAAUGUGUACCUGUGAACAUAUUUUUUGUCUCAGUGAGAUUGUGCAACACAGUGUUCAAAAUUGCAAAAAAAAAAAAGUUUGAUAGUUUUGUCAGUAGAACAGAAAUGCGUUUUGGCUAAAAUUAAUUUUUGUACGUUAUUUAAUUAUUUCAUUUUAUAUUCCCUUCCCGUAUCCUUUUGGGCGCUUCAUACUUCUAACAAGUGAGAGGCCUCUCUUUAGAUCUGGUUUAUUUUUGGAAUGCCUGAGUGUGUUUCUCUAUUGGGGGGGGUCGCCACAGGGUGUUGUUUUAAUUCUUGACAUGCUCUUCUCAGCAUGUUUUGGUAGUCAUCCUGGAUCUCAUGUUUGCAAAUUCUGUCGAUAAUUAAGUGAUGUAUUGACCUCUAUGACAUAGUGUGAAUGUUUGUGGCUGGCCUUUAUUGUAGAACCUUGUGGUUUUGCUUUCAAUUGGGAUAGAAAGUUAAACUUCCAUUGUUCAAAUUUUAGGUUUAUCUAGUGGAAUUGUGCCCGAUAGUUGUCUAACUAUAGACCAGUUUUGGGGAAUGAAGGUUGACAAAUGUGUAUUUGACUCUAGAUAAUCCUUUACUCAAAAUCGUAAAUUAAAGGCUAUAGUAUUAGAGUUGUCUUAAGUUUUAGGUUGUCAGAUCUUUAAAUGUGGAUGAUGAUCAGCAUUGUGUUUAUGAAUUUCCUUAGGGAAAAGAGAAAAAUUCAGUCUCCAAACCUUUUCUUAGAGACUAAACUUACCAUAUAUGGAAAAUGAAAAUAUUUUAAAAAGUGGCUUUGAUUAUUUUUUAAUGGAGUUUAAUCAGCUUAAUUAAUUAUUUUUCCUAGGUUGAAGCACUUAUUUCCCAAAUUUGAAUAAAGGGAAAAGAUCAGCAAUUUGGCCCCUUUUUUUUGAGGCCAUUUUUAGUUUUCUGCCCUCGUUUCCCAACCCUAGUAUAAAAAUGAAUUACGGGUAUCCCUCUAAGUCCCUGUAACCCCUUUUUGAGAUCACAGAAACCUUUGAUAAUCUGAUGAAAGUGAUGGACCCUCUCCCCAGAAAAAAAAAUGCACAUACACAGAUAAUUUUACAUACAACCUCAGGGGCAUCACACAUCUAAAACCCAAGUUAAGGAUCUCUGCUCUAAGUAAACUCUAUAGAGAAAUUUUAAUGCAAUUAAUUGAUAAAAUUAAGAACUAACUAUUGGCUUAAAACAUUUCAGAUUGGAAUUAUUGUUAGAUGGUGGCCCCUACUAGCAAAAUGUGACAUUGCAACCAGCUUUGUUAGACAUCCAGACAGAAGGAAAAAAGAAGCAAUGUUCUGAAAGCUAUUUAUAAGGAGUCAGGGCAUCUCUAGACGUGGGAGCCAUUCCUGGUUCAAGGCAGGGGUCAGGGUGCCUGACAGCUUCUAGCAGGGUAGAGUUUGAUAAACCACAAUGCUCAGGAUGCCAAGGGGUUAGCCAUUAUCUUAACCCCUUCCUCACCAAAAGAUUUAGUUUUGUCUAUUAGGAAAAAAGAAGUCACUGGGAAAAAAAAAAAAAAAGAUUUGCCUUACAACUUUGCUGGAACACAUCAGUUUGGUGACGUAUGGGACACCAGUAUUAUUUGUGAGAAGGUACAUAAAACCAAAGUAAAUUAUUCUCUAUGUAGAACAUUAUUUACUAGUAUCAUUUGUUUGGAUGUAUUAGCUUUGACAAUUUUUACCAGUAAAUAUUGGUUUUAUUUAAAACUGGGAAUCCAGUUUAUAAAUAGGAUAGUUGUUGUAUCUGUCCUUUCCCCUAUGUAAAGAAUAGUUUAAAGAUUUAUGCAUACUUUUUACUUUUCUCUCUUGAUGCCAUGGAGUGGGGUGGGGUGGGGUGGGGGGAGAUCUUUGAGUCAAUAACUGACAAAAUGUCUUCUCCAAAUUUAAAAAUUGAGAAACAGCACUUUAAGUCCUAACUCUACACCAUUUUAGUGCAUGUAUUAGUUUUCAUUAAUGAUUUUUGGUGCAUGCCUUUGGGCUUCUUCAAAAGUGUACAAUAGGAAAGUAUAUUUCCUUUCUUAGAAAGGAGAUUUUUUUCUACUUUGCAACUUGUGAUUACAAAAAUCUUCCUCUGUGGGAAGAUUAACCAUGUAUUGAACUACUGAAAAGUAUAUAUUUUUAGAUAUACAGAAGGAAUCUACAUGGAGCAGCAUUCAGACCUAUAUAGAAGUCAUAGCAUUCUGUAUAGGACCAAAAAGGAAAUAACAUUAAACACUUAAACAGACUUUGUUGGGUAGAAAUACCUUUAGAUCUUGCAUUGACUUCCAAAAAGAAAAUACCACAGAAGUUUGCUGAAAACUUUUGUUGUUUGAAUUUUCUCUGUCAGUGUAUUUAGCCCAAAUAUAACAGCUUUGGGUUAACACAUACAUAAGAAUCAAAAAAA